AUGGCGGCGAGCGGCCCCGGGAGGAUCGCGAGAGCGCUCGCGGGCGCGACGCGCGGUCGUCGAUGGCGCGGCGUCGCCGGCGGAAUUUUGGGCACCCCCCGAUGGCUCUCCGCGUCGUCGUCGUCGUCGUCGUCGUCGUCGUCGCCGUCGCCGCUCGCGUACGAGAUGAUCGAACCCCCCGCGGGGACGCCGAACGCGUCCGACGCGCCGAUCGCGCUCGUGCUCCACGGUCUCAUGGGCGCGGGAAGGAACUGGCGGACGUUCACGCGCGCGCUGUCGUCGUCGCUCGCGGAGCGGCGCGCGCCGUUCCGAUUCGCGCUCGUGGAUCACGUGUGGCACGGGAAAACGCACGCAGACCUGGCGUUACGAUCCCUCCGCAACCCGGACCCGGACCGCGACGGCGUCGACGCCGUGGACGUCGCCGCGUCCGCGGUCGCGGCCGUCGCGGGGCACAUCCUCCGAACCCACGGCCGGUCGGGAUCGGAGCCCGUCGCCGCCGUGCUCGGACACUCGCUCGGCGGCAAAGUCGCGCUGAGGCACGUCGCGCGCGCGGCGGCGGCGGCGGCGGCGGCGUCGCGCGGCGGCGGCGCGACCGCCCACGCGAACGCGACCGACGCGCCGCCGCACCAGACGUGGUCGCUGGACUCCGUGCCGACGUACUUGCCCCCGGACGCGGACCCGCACAGCGUGCAGAAAGUCAUCGAGACGGUCGCGGCGUUGCCGCGCGAAUUCGCCGCGAGGGAGGACCUGGAGCCGGCGCUGCGGUCGAGCGGCGUCGCGUUCCCGCCGGACUUGGUGAGCUGGCUCGGGAGUAACCUCGUGCCGAUCGAUCCGAGCGCGGGGGCGAUGUCGAAGCUGACGUGGACGUUCGACGUGAAGGGCGCGGCGGCGCUGUACGCGGCGUACAAGGUGCGGCGCGGCGGCGGACGCGAACGGCGUAAUUUCGGUUUUUUCGGUUUCGUCAUUUCGUUCCGUUCCACAUCCAAAACUCGCGCGUCGUCUCCGUCCCUCGGUCGCCGCUGA